AUGGGAAAAAGAAAGGCUGAAUCGCAAGAUCAACUUGUGACCAAGAAUGGCACGAAAAAGGCCAAGCAAGAACCUAUCGCAAAAGUCGAAAAGGUCGAAAAGUCUAAGAUGAUGCUAGAUGACAGCGAUUCUAGCAGUGAAGACGAUUCCGUUGGAGGUGCCCCGCUUGAAUCUGGAUUCAAAGUCAAUCAAGAAUAUGCGAAAAGAUUCGAGCAUAAUAAGAAACGUGAAGAGCUUCAGAGACUGGAGGAAAAGUAUACGAAGAAACCUGGACCAACCGUUGGAAGAAAUGGCGAGAAGAAAUACGGCGAUAAAUACGAUGAGGAUUCUUCGUCAUCCGAUGAUGAAGAUGAAGAUGAUGAAGGAUUUCUAGCAACCGAAGAUUUGGACAAAGAGAUUUCAGCUACAUUGCAAGCUCUACGUUCAAAGGACCCUCGAGUUUACGAUGAAAAGGUUACAUUUUAUACCCCAAUUGAUGAAGACGCAGAGGAAGGAACCACGACAGAAAAGAAGGAGAAGCCUAUGUACUUGAAAGAUUAUCACCGAGAGAAUUUAUUAGCUGGCCAUGCAGGCGGGGAGGACGAGGAUGAAAACGUCCCACAAACAUUCGCCCAAGAACAAGAAGCUUUAAAGAAGAAAAUUGUUAGUGAAAUGCAUGCAGCUGCCGAUGGAUCUGCUUCAGACGAAGAUGAAGGAUUCCUUGUUAGGAAGGAUAAGAAUCCAGGUCUUUCAAGCUCAGGUAUCCAUCCAUCCAGAGCCUCAAAGGUUGAAGUCGAUAUCGCCGUUGCCGACAAGGAUCCGGAGACCUUUUUAUCGAACUUUAUGGCAGCUCGCGCAUGGGUUCCUAGUGAUGGUGCACGCUUCCAACCCAUGGAAUCUGACGACGAAGACGAUGACAACCGAGCCGAGCAAUUCGAGGCAGCUUACAACUUGCGUUUCGAAAAUGCUGAAGGAAGCAAUGAGAAUUUGAAAUCAUAUGCCAGAGAUGUCGUCGCUGCAAAAUCAGUUCGUCGUGAUGAGGUCAGCGGCAGGAAGAAGCAAAGAGAUGCCGCAAGAGAGAAGAAAGAGGCCGAGAAGAAGGAGAGGGAAGAAGAGAGAGCACGAUUGAAGCGGUUGAAGAUUGAUGAGAUGGAGGAGAGACUCCAGAAGAUCAAGAAAGCUGCAGGUAUAAAUGGUAAAACCUUGAAGGAUGAAGAAUGGGCACAGUUCUUGGAUGCGGCCUGGGAUGAUGAAAAUUGGGAGGCUGAGAUGAACAAACGCUUUGGAGAGAGCUAUUAUGCAGAGCAAGAAGGUGGAUCAGAGAGUGACGGCGAAACAGAGGGGAAGAAGAAGAAGAAGGUCAAGAAGCCAAAGUGGGACGACGAUAUUGACAUUGGAGAUAUUGUUUCCGAUUUUGAGGAUGACGAAAAAUCUACAAAACCCAUUUACUCUCUAUCGGAUCUCGAAGAUGAUGCAGAGGAGGAAUCGGGCGACGAAGAGGGGUCGUCCAAGAAGUCAAAAAGCAACAAAGAACGACAAUUGGAAAAGCAAAACAAAAAGAAAGCCGCGCGCUUGGAAAGAAGAAAGAUUGAGGAUCUUGUGGAAAGUAAGCUUGAUGUUGAUCUUUCUUUGGCUUCCAAAAAGGCAUCAGUAUUCAGAUAUCGCGAAACUUCACCUACCUCAUUCGGUUUGACGGCUAGAGAUAUUCUAAUGGCACCUGAUUCAUCCCUCAAUGAAUUUGCCGGCUUGAAAAAGAUGGCUACCUUUAGAGAUGCAGAGAAGAAACGCAAAGACAAGAAGCAUCUCGGUAAGAAAGCUAGGUUAAGGCAGUGGAGAAAGGAGACAUUCGGUAACGAGGAUGGACCGGAAAUUAUUAUUGGUCCUGAUGCCGGGGAAGGAGCAGAUGCUAUGGAAGGUGUAGAGAUCCCAGAAAAGAAGAAGAAGAAGAGGUCUAGAAAGAAUAAGGGAGCUGUUGGAAAAGCUACGGCUGAGGAAUAAUUGGAGUCUAUAUUCAUAGCCAAUGUAGGAGUUAUGGUGUACUCGAGUGUAUUAAUAGAUUUCACCGAGGUGGAGCAUUCAGUUCAAUGAUUUUCGCGAUGUUUCUCGUCUUUAAUCUAUUUAAAGUAGAAAUCCAUAUCAAAUCCAAAAA